AUGAAAGAUAAAAGCUUUAGUUACUGGAGAGACUAUUUUCAGGGAGUGAAUUGUAGUAUCUUUGAGAUUAUUGAAAAUGCAAUCAAAGUGGCAGCCACAGAUCACCCAAAUGAGUUCAAGUUACAAAGGGGUCAGAUUGUUGAAAAACUUUACUAUUGCCAGGCAGGGACUCAAUGUUGUGGGCAAAAUCACAAUGAGUUAGCAAUGCUCAAUGAGACUAACAAUGGCAAUUUCAAUGAUGAACAUGCAAUUGUGAUGGCUAAUACUAGAUUAACUAGUAAUGCUGCUGAUCUGGAAGUUGGUGGCAGUGAGCAGAGUAAGGUUGAUAGCAGUAGUGAUCAGACAGAGAUGAAUACGACCCAAGAGAGCAAAUACAGUUACAGCGAAGCGGAGGCAUUGACAGAUGAGAUUGAUGAAGAGAGUGAGAUUUUUUUAGAGGUUUUAAGGACCAAGGAGAUUCUUGAAAAUAGUCAAGAUGAGUCUGAAACAGUAUUACUCGAGUCCUUAAGGAAGCUGCAAUUGAUGGUUCAUUCUGUUGAGGUUCUGCAGAAUCUAAUUGCCGUCGUUUAUUCCAGUGGUUGGAAGAUAAUGACAAACGAGUGGCUUGAUGCUGCAGCAAUUAUUGCCGAAGGUCCUGUAGACUCUAACCCUUCCACUGUUUUUGAUGAGGAAGGGCUCCCUUCUCCUCCGUUGGAUGAAGGGGCUCUCUUUGCAUCAAAAACUCCAAUAAAGCUCUCACAGUUCUUUGAUGGGAUCGAUGACGAUGGAAAUUUUGAACUCAACAUGGAGUAUGACAAGAAUCUUGAAAGUGGAACAAAACCCCUGCUAGGAAACCAAAAUAGUACCAAGCAUAACUCACAACUUCCCAUGGAGGCCACUAUACCUAUCCGUGACAAGAAGCACCAUCUGACACAGCAACAAUCUGUCAUUAAAUUAACUAGUAAUACUGAAACAUCAAAUACUAUAUCUAAGAAAGGAAGAACUCAUAAUUUGAAUUUGGAGCAAAAGGUCAAUAACGAAAUAGAUUUUCAACUUCAAGCCUCCAUCUCCAUCUCAUCCACGAUCUUCUUCCAGAAAUCUAGGCUUUUAGAUGAUGCUGCAGUCCAAGCAAAACUGAAAGCUACAAAGAGGAAACUUCAAGCUAGUUACCAACAAGCUGAGAAUGCAAAAAUGCAACGGAAAACAAAAUUUGUGGAUUUGCAUGAACUUCCUAAACAAAGGCUUCGCCGUAAAAAACCAUAUUCGAAAUGCUAG